ACCACCAUGACACCGACAUUUCUCUUUGGCUUUAUCCUUGUCCAAAUUGACUAGCUUAUACAUGGCUGCAGGAAAACACCAUAACUCGCUAAGCUUGUGCUCAUGCCCGCAAACUUGAUGGUGGAUGAAAUAAGUGGUCUGAACGACAGUUGCACGUUUAUUGGUGAUCCUCCAGAGAUCUUACUCUUGAAUCUUUCUUUGUCCGGAUGCCCAGCCGCUCAUUCUCGCGUGAGAUAGUCGGUCAGCCUCAAAAGUAUAUAAACCCUUUGAUCUCUCUGUUCUCCCCUAGCUGCAUCUCCUUAAGCUUCCAUUCUGUCCUUUUAUUACAACGACAUGGCUGUUACUGACUACCCCACACCGCAAACGUUUCCAAAGUACUGUUUUCCAAUACUCGGUAAUGUUCCUUUCUGUCCACUGAUAGUGAUUCCAACAACGUUCUUUAUCGCACUCGCGCUUCUCCUUGUCUACAAGUUCUUCAGUCCGUCCUCUGUCUCUACUCCGCAUCCGGUCUUGCCGACCAAUACUGUCGACCUCGAGAAGGCUGAGCUGCUCAGGGACAUUGCAGCCUCGGCAUAUACCCCGACUGUCUCUCGCCGUCGUUUCUCGCAACCAUACAGUGACAUGUCACCCGAAGACCGAGAAGAACAUACUCGCGUGAAGUCCCGACUAGUCAAAUUCCGUUUCCCGCCUCCUCAAGGUCCUCCGCCCUCUGGCCCGUUACCUAAUCUCCCGCCAUGCUCGGAAGCCUCUUCUGCUGUGCCUCGCUCCCUGGAUGAGCUCUUGAAUGAACCAGCAAGCCCUGACUCGCCUACUCUUCCUCCUGGUCUCUUUGCCGACGAUGGUUCUGCCUUGAGUUUCCCUGCUCCGGCGUACUUGGAUUAUUCAAUAAGUCACCUGGAUCUGACUAUCCGAAACAAGAGGUCUAUGGACGUUGUUUGAUAUGUACAGUAAGCCUGACGAUGCGUCAUGAGGACUGGAAGUGUACGGUCUUAUCUGGUCUACAUUCUUUUGGACUCUGAGCGGCAUUACUGUAUUCUGGUCUAUUCUAUUGCUUUGAUGUACCAGUCCCUCUCGAUGCAUGAUACUACCUAUUCCCUCU